UGGGAACGAUCCCUCCUAGGAUUGUUGAGGCUUCCAUAUGACAGUACUCGUGGAACAGACUCCUAAACUGAAGCCUGGUACUAGUGUGAAGGGUGCAGUAGUGCUGAUAGAAAGAGUUGUGGGUGUAUGUGGCACUUGGCAAAUAUAUGGAAGAUAACAAUAUAACUACAACUAUCUUAAUUGUUUUGUACCUUAUUUUAAAAUAAUCUCAGAUUUACAGAAAAUGUCUGGUAAUACCUGGGAAAGCUACUACACAACAUUAGAGAGAAAUGAAAGCAAAGACUUAAAAAAAAUCACACUCUGAAAUUUCUCAUGAUACCACAAUAUAACAACUGCUAGUAAGUUGUCAUAUCCAUAUCAAUCUAGAACUGUGGAUCUUCAACCAGGGACAAUUUUGCCUCCCUGCGCCCCGCCCCCCACCCAGGAGCCAUUUGCUAUGUCUGGAGAUGUGUUUGAUUGUCACAACUCUGAGGAUACUGCUAGCAUCUAGUGGGGAGUUGGGACUGGCUGUUACUUAGUAGGUAGUAUCCUUUGGCCGAGGGUACUGCUCAACAUCUUACCAUCCUAGGGGACAGCCCCCACAAUAACAAACUAUCUGGCCCACAAUAUUAAUCAGUAGUGCUGAGGGUAAGGAAACCCAGUUCUAGGAACUUGAAAAACAGAGUAUAUGAAGUAUAUCUGUAUCCUUGAAGUAUAUUUAUUUAGAAGAGAAAUAUGUAAAUAUAAAAGCGCCUGUAAAGUGAGAUCUGGAUCUCUUAGGAAUGUUACCUCAGAAAUGUAUUCACUUAAUACCUGUGAUGGUUAACUUUAUAUGUCAGCUGGGCACAGGUAGCCCAGACAGUCAAGCAAAAAUUAUUCUGAGUGUUUCUAUGAGGGUGUUUUUAGAUGAGGUAGACAUUUUAAGGGGAGGACUUGAGUAAAGCAGAUUGCCCUCCCUCUUGUGGGUGGGCCUCUUCCUGUUAGUUGAAAGCCUAAAUAGGACAAAAGGUGGACACUGCUCACCCCCACACACCCUCCACAAACCACCCCCCCCACACAAAUAAGAAUUCUGAUUCCAACUGAAACAUUGGCUCUUCCUAUUGAUAGUCUUCAAACUGGGACCUCGGCUCUUCCUGAUUUUACAGCACCUUUUGGCCAUUAGACUCAAAUCAAGACAUCAACUUGGCAGAUUUUGGACUUGCCAGCCUCCAUAACAACGGCCAAAAUGAAGAGGACAUCUGAGGAAAGUCAGUCCCGAUUGCCAGACAACUCUGCCCUGAAGCAGCAGCAAUUGCCUGCCUACCGGCUACAGCUCACAGCCACUGGAGUCCUCUCUGGCUUUUUUGCAACAGGAGUAUUCUGCCUUGGUGUCGGCAUCAUUCUUAUAUUGUCUGCAAAGAGUAUCAAGGAAAUAGAGAUUAAAUACACAAAAAUCUGUGGAAAUUGUGCAAAACUGCGAGAAGAUGCCACUAAUUUUGACAAAGAAUGCACCUGCUCUAUUCCCUUUUACCUUUCAGAGACAAUGCAGGGUAAUGUUUAUAUGUACUACAAACUGUACGGCUUCUAUCAGAAUCUCUAUCGAUAUAUUCUGUCCAGAAGUAAUAGCCAACUGAUGGGUACAGACUUAAAGGAUGUUGGAACCUGUGCUCCAUUUAGCAGGUCCCAUGAUGGGACUCCAAUCGCUCCUUGUGGUGCUAUUGCCAACAGCAUAUUCAAUGAUACCAUUAUUCUUUCAUACAACCUGAAUUCCUCUAUACCUAUUGAAGUCCCAAUGCUAAGAAGUGGAAUUACAUGGUGGACAGAUAAGUAUGUCAAAUUUCAGAAUCCAAGAUCCAAAAAUCUUUCUAUCGCAUUUGCAGGGACCACAAAGCCUCCAUCCUGGGCGAAGCCUGUCUAUGAACUAGAUCAAGAGGAUCCAGAAAACAAUGGCUUCCUCAAUGAUGACUUCAUUGUGUGGAUGCGGGCAGCCGCCUUUCCCACUUUCAAAAAACUGUACCGUCGACUCAAUCGCAUACAGUACUUUACUGAAGGCUUGCCUGCUGGUAACUAUAGUUUUAACAUUACAUAUAGUAUCCUUUUAUACCACUCUUCUUCCUGAAGAUCAAGAAAAAUCAGCAUUGGUCUAGGUACUAGUUGUUGAAUUAUUUUGUUUUGUACUUUUCGAUUCUACAAUCUAAUCUGUGUAUACAAAGAAGAAAUAUAUAGUUCUCUAAUUGGUAGUGCUGUCACUUGUCACCAUAGAACUGUUAGUCUCCACUUUAUAUAUAAUCAAAUAUGUACUUUUAAAAGAAAUUUUUUUUAGGAAUAACAGUUAAUAGCACUAUCAGGUAAGUAGGGAUAGGUAAAUAAGGAAGGACUAUUUCUAUUCCCCCAAAAGAUUAAAUACAGUGGACCUAGAGACGUGUAACAGAGAGGGAUGGGAUAAGGUAGAAGACCAGGGAAAUGAGAGAGAGUGAUUUGGUAAGCAGUAAAUUUAGAAUAUAUGCUAAAAAUAAUGAAAAUUGAGAGACACUGUAGAACCUUUUAAUCUAAACAAAAGUAUAGACCAAGGGAGCCCUGGACUCAAGAUGCAGGUGCAGUCCAUCCAUCCCACGUGAUGUGUGCUCUAAGUUCUGCUCUGAAAACACUGUGUUCUUCUGUCUUUGAUACCGAGCCAGCUGGUAGGAGUCAGUGCCUUGGUUAAGGACAUAAGGUCCAAGUUAGGAGACACAGGCUUUAAUGUGGGAUUCUGAAUGUUUUCACUUAAUUCAAAAGUACAAAUGUAACUCUUGACUUAAAGACAAAAAGAUUUAACUUCAAAAUGAGAGCCAAACAUUAUCUUUAAAAAAAAUUAUAUAUUUAUACACAAUCUCAGGGCCACUGAGUAGGAGUUGUUCAUGGGACUCCCAGCAGGCCAGAGGAUCUUACCACAAAACUGUCUACCGCCUUAGUAGUUUCUUUACAUCUCGGGGAGCUUGAAUGAGAAAUCGUUUAGAAGAAGUGAAUGACUAUAUGAGCUCUAGUUCCCCACUCCACGUUUUUUUUUCCUAUCCUAGAGUGUGGGACAUCUCCAUUCUGACCAGGUGGGGACAGGGAGGUGGAGGGUGUGGGGAGACAUUCCUCAGUCAGAGAUGCACCACUGAUGUGAUACCCUCUCUGCUUCUCAGCUUGUUGCCUCCUUUUUGUUCACUGAUGAGUAUGGUUUGCCUUCAGUUCCUUCAUUUUCAUUUCUCCCUAAAUAAAAAUGAACGCCACAGACCUGUUUCUCUUAUGCAGCCUUAUACAUACAGAUCUAAGAGUAAACCAUAGAAUAUUACCUUUUUAAUAGGAUUUCAGCAAGCCACCGCCCCCCAAUUUGAGAUUGAAAGGUGCUUGACAGUGGUCUCCCAAAUUAGACCUUCUGAUCCCAACUUUGUCUAUGAUUCCCGUAUCAGUAAAGCAGGUAGAGUUACCGUCACAAAACAGGAAGAAAGAAGCCCAUCGUUUACUGCUGUCCUCACCAUGCAUGCCCAGGGGUUUUGAGUUGAGGGAAACAUAAGGGACUCCAUGUUCCAAACAGAGGAGACACUGUUUCUUCUCUGGAGUCAAGCUCUUCUUGAGUGACUUCAUUCACAGUCCUAUUUUAAUGCUGAUGACUCUUGAGUCUAAAUCUUGCAGGCAGAACCUGGACCCUGAGCUUCAGCCCUACACUUGCACCUCCCGAGCAGAGCCCUGGUGUGAGUAGUACCCAGCCUGCCUCAGGGCCUUGCUGCCACGCAAGGAGAAGGACUAAAUCAUAGCUGCAGCAGACACCUAUACCACUCCUAAGGGGAAAAAGAUGUUCUGUGUCUGAGAAAAAGACCUUCUUAAUGGAACUGAAAGAAGAGAAAACACACAGCUGGGUCAAGGUGGCAUGCAGGGACCUGGUGACAGUGAGGGAUUUUGAUGGAAAAGAACGAGAGAGAGAACUUGUUUCCUAACCAGUUUCCUUGUGCCUUUAAAUCGCAUGUUGCCAAGUGAUUUGAGGCCUUUUAAGAGCUUUGCUGGGAAAUGCUGCAGUUCUGUGCCGUUGCUAUGAGAAGCCUUUAUUUGUUUAUUAGUUUGGUUUACAAAAGGCACCAGAUGUUUAAAAACCUCAGGCCACAUGCAUAAUCAAAAUGACAUCAUUAAAAUGCUAACGAUAGCAAACCCACUUCAAACAUAUUCUCCCCAGCAAUGAGGGAUGUUUGCCUUUUCAAAACCCAAAUGAAUGCACCACCUUUAGCUUUCCCACCAAAAAUGUUUUGCCAUCUAUCUCAUUAUUUUUAUUCUUCACUAAUUUUGAAGAAUUUUCUACAAGGUAGGAAUUCAAACUUUAGUUAUGAAGGACUACCCUGGGUCUCCUGAUUCACAAACAAAAAUUUAGGUUUGCUGUAAAGCACAUCUGUAUUCUUUUCAUUUCCUUGGGUCUGCCAAAGGAAAUUAAAUAUAUUUGUCCAUUUUUUUAGUUGUCUGUAAGUCAGUCUGAUCUAUUUGUGUCAGAAUCUCUUUUAUAGAUUACAACUAUGUAGAGAGAAAGCUUGUUUUUGCUUAAUUUCAUUCCAGGAAGAUACAACAUUGGUAAAGAUUAGACAAUAUGAAGUUCAAUAUUCAACCAUUUUUUAAACCUACAAACACAACAAUUUUAUAUGGUUCAGCCUAAUAUAUUUAGGAUAUACAGUGGUAGAGCUGAGAAAUGUUGAAAUAAUCCUUAACAGGUCUUCUUGUCUUAGAUUUUCCAGUAACCAGGUUUAGAGGAGAAAAAUCAGUUGUUCUUUCCACCUUGACAUGGAGUGGAGGCAGUAACCUUUUCUUAGGUCUUGCCUACACAGUGACAGGAGCAGUGACAUGGUUGGCCUUCUUUUCCAUGAUGGCAAUUCACUUGAUGCUGAAAGACAGGAAAAUGUUCUUCACCCAGCAAUAAAGUCAAGUUUUAAGAAGAAAAGCAGAAAACAAAGAAAUGGACAGUGAAGUAACUAACAGAGCCAAAGAUUUGUGACUAGACUCAAAAUGACUGAGAUAUUUCAUUAGGGGGAACUGGAUUGACCGACCAAGUACAAUCCCAGAUAGGUAAAUAAUGAGAGAUUCACAGUGAAGAAGAGGAGGAAGACAGGGAGGAAGAGGAGGAGGAAGAGGAAAAGGCAUAGUUAUGUAUAGUAAAAUGUCCUUAGAAUGGAGAAGAUAAAUCAUCCUUGAGUUCUAAACCAAGUCUCGGGUAUUUAUUUAAAGGCUAUGUACCUGGAGGUAGGUGAAUGCCUAGGAGAGAGUGCCAUCAUUAAGAGUAAUGUAAGCCUGGGGUCCUCAAAAUUAGAUGAAUCCUUUAACCUCAAUCAGGCUCAGACCGUGAGUCUUCAUUGCCUGGUUGAAAUUAUAGACUUUUUAACAAUUGUUGAACAUCGAAUUGAGCCAUCAGGAUGAUUUUUGAAAACUGAUUUAUUCAGUUUCUAUGGAUUCAAAGUUAAGUUUUCUUUGCUAAGAAUAUACCAAGCAAAGAUUGUGGAGUGUCUGGAACACGCACAAUACAGCAAUUCACCAAAAAGAAAGGCCAGAGGUUUCCCUGAAGUUAUUCAUGUAGCCAAGAGGGAAGCACUGAAAGUUACUGAUUCUCUCAAAAGUUGUAUUCAUCAUUUAAGGGCACAAAACAAGUCUCAAACUUAUAUUGGGAUGACAUAUUCUGGAAUGCAAAUGAUGACAUGUAUUUAUAAUACUUGAAUCACAUGUGUUGAGGGAGCUUUUCAGGGUCCAUCUUAAGAUGUUUGAAUUCCUGGGAUGCCUGGGUGAUUCAGUCGGUUAAGCAUCUGCCUUCAGCUCAGGUCAUGAUCCCAGAGGUCCAGGGAUAGAGUCCUGCACUGGGUUCCUUGCUCAGCAGGAAGUCUGCUUGUCCCACUACCCCACACCCUGGUCUUGUGCAAUGCUCCCUCUCUCUCUCUCACACACACACUCUCUCUCUCUCUGUCUCUCUGGCAAAUAACUAAAUCUUUAUUUAAAAAAAAGUUCAAAUUCCUGAUAAAGGUAACUUAAAGGAAACUGAACAAAGUACUUGGUAAAGCUGCCAGGCGAAGAGUCCCCACAGAUUUGUGUACAUAGAUCUGAAUACUGUCCUUUAAAAAUCAUUUAAUAUUUCUUUUUUAAGAUGGAAGAAUCUUUAUGAUGUCUCUAGAAGAAUUUUCAUUUUUUAAAGAAAAAUACAGUACAAACAUGUAUUUGUCUCUUUAGCAGCCAAGAAAGCAUUUCUUUGUUGCAACUUUCUGCAUUCACUGAAUACUUGAGUACUUUUCCAAAAAGACCAAAUUUCAAAUCCCAAUGCUGAAAUCUCAGAAUCACCCUCCCCCCACAUCUAACCUUUCAUCUGUAACCAGUGACCUCUGGUAUCAAGGUGUGGUGGGCCAAAUAAUGUCUUACCUCACACCCCAAAGAUAGCCACAGCCCAAUCCCAGAACCAGUGAAUGUUACCUUAGAUGUCAAAAGAGACUUUGCAUUAAACUAAGAGACUUUAAUUAAACUAAGAGUAUUGUGUGGGAAGAUUAUCCUGGGUUACCUGGGUGGGCCCAAUGUAAUUGUGUGGAUACUUAUAAGAGAAGCAGGAGAUCAGAAGAGUAACAGGGAUGUGGCAGUGGAAACAAGAGUUUGGAGUGAUACAAGGAAGGCAUUGUGAUCCAAAGAACAUAAGCAGCCUCUAGAAGCUGAGAAAAGCAAGAGACCUCCUCCCCUGAAGCCUCCAGAAGUACGGCUGAUAUCUUGAUUUGAGACUUCUGACCCCCAGAACUGUAGGAGAAUAAAUUUAUGUUGUUUUAA